AUGACGAGCCACUUUCCUAGCAAGAAGCAGUUUUUCACCGACAUCGAGCGGCUAGACGACGUUGAGGAUUCCCAGAAUGAGGAUAACCAUCUAGAGCAACUCAUCAUUGGCUCAAGGAGCCAAAGAAACCCAGUCGUUGUUGCAUCGCCUGUAUCAAACUCAGGGCCAGUAGCUCUUCCGCGAGCAAAUCCAGACCCACAGCCUUCGUCAGACACCAGUGGCGUUCCUCGAGAAGUCCAUGGCCGACGGAGCACCGGGCUGACGGACCCGAAAAUGACGGUGAAACGCUCCCAGACAACAGGGGGCAUGGCUGGAACCAAGAACGGGGGCCCUGCUCCAAAGAAAAGGCGAACGAACAACAUCCAAACCAUCCCAGAAGACCAGAAAAUAUUCAGAGACCUCGUAUUCUUCUUCUUUCCGAGUAAUGUCAUUUCUCCUCUGCGGCGGUUACGCAUUCAGCGAGCUCAAGAAUACGGUGCCCGAUGUUCCAGAGAAUGGGAUGACAACAUCACUCAUGUGAUCGUUGAUAAUGGCCUGAUAUUUCAAGAUCUCCUCACUCAUCUCAGGAUAGAGUCUUGGCCAAAGACAAACAUUGCCUUGGUGAACGAGUCCUAUCCUUCAGACUGCAUCAGAUUCCGCUCAGUUUUGAGUCCAUCGCAAGCUCGGUUCCGAGUUGAUGGAACUACCGGGGUUUCUGAAAUUGAACAGCCUCCCAUCGUCGAACCGAGCUCUCCUGGGUCUCUACCCUUGAAAUCGCCGGGGAAGGACCAGAGACAGUCUCCAGAGCCUUCUCAAUCCUAUAAUGGGGAGGAAGCACCUGCCAGGCCUUCUAUUCCGGUGGCCAGUGAGCAAAUGCAAGAAGUUGAAAAUGGCUCGGAUGCUCCCGGCCAUGAGCGUGACACCCUAGAUGAGAUUAUUGAUGAAGCCAAGGCUGCGAGACAUUUGCCACUGGACCCUCUCGACUCUCUCGAGGAUCAGACCACUGCCGAAGCAUCUGAUGAGGAUUGUUCGGGCUCAGAGCCUGAGACCGGUGGUAAAGUCCGGAUGGCCUCUUCAAAGGAAGUCAAAGCGGCCGAUGCAUGGAUGCAGAAUUUUGUCUGUAUGCAGAAGUUCGAGCCGAGUACCAACAAAAAUCCAAAUGGGAGAACGAUCGAAGUGCUCCAGCAAAUGCUGGACUACUACACAAGGACGGCGGACCAAUGGCGGGUUCUCGCCUAUCGCAAAGCGAUCAAUGCAUUGCGAAGGCAGCCUCAACGAGUGGUAACGCGUUCACAGGCCUUGUCUAUCCCUGGGAUCGGUACACGACUUGCAGACAAGAUUGAGGAAAUUGUUCUCACUAAUCACCUCCGGCGGCUAGACAAUGCCUCUGGCACACCCGAGGACCUGAUCAUCCAAGAAUUUCUCGGUGUUUACGGUGCCGGCCUGGCCCAGGCUUCCCAGUGGGUUGCACAAGGCUACAGAUCGCUCGAAGAUUUACGGGAGAAAGCGCCUCUGACCAAAAACCAGCGCAUCGGGGUGGACCAUUACCAUGACUUUGCGCAGCGAAUCCCCCGCAAAGAGGUCGAGGCUCACGGAGACAUCGUGCGGAAGGCGGUGCAGCAGGUGGACAGCGAGAUGCAAGUGAUUAUCGGAGGUUCAUAUCGCCGCGGGGCAUUAGACUCUGGCGACAUCGACGUUCUCAUCACCAAACCCGGUGCCUCGCUGGAGCAAAUCCGGUCGAUGAUGAUGGACGUGGCCAUACCCCAGCUAUUCAGUGACAGCUUCCUGCAGGUCAGCCUUGCCAUCUCGCGGCAGGAGGGGUCCAAAUGGCAUGGGGCAUCGGCUCUUCCCGGCAGCAGGGUGUGGCGCCGGAUCGAUCUGUUGUUCGUGCCAGGGGCGGAGAUUGGAGCUGCCUUGAUCUAUUUCACAGGCAACGAUAUCUUCAACCGCAGUAUGCGAUUGUUGGCGAGCAAAAAGCACAUGUGUCUUAAUCAGAAGGGGCUCUAUGCGGAUGUGUUGCGAACGACACAGAGGAUCAAGUUGAACCCAGGCCGAUUGCUGGAAGGUCGCGAUGAGCGCAGGAUCUUUACACUACUUGGGGUGCCUUGGCGACCACCGGAGCAGCGUAUUUGUUGA